GAAGGAAAAACUAGAGGAGAAAAUGGUCCACAAAGAAAAGAAGAAGGAGAUAGUAGAGGAUGAGGAAAAUGGAGCUGAAGAGGAUGAGGAAGAGAAUCCUGAGGAUGCGGAUGAAGAUGAAGGUGGUGAUGAGGAUGAAGAUGGAGAUGAGAAUGGGCAAGAGCAGGAUGGACAUGCAGAAAAACGAUCUGCAGAGGAGGAAGAGGAUGAAGUGGAUCCAAAGAGACAAAAGACAGAAAACGGAUCAUCAGCUUGAGUCCUUGCCUCCCAUCUUUUCUGUUCCGUCCAUCUCUCCUCCUCCAUUCCAGCCUGUGCUUGCACUGUACAUUAGCCUCUGGCUUCACACAGUCUCAGAUGAGGAAAGAUUAAAAAUGCUCUCAGACAGGGAAGACAGCAGUUUCCUUCCCACCUGAAGAUCUAGCCCAUCUAUGACAUUCCCCAGCUGAAAUUUUUCUAGCCCCUCACAUCCUUUCAACUAUGCCCUACUUAAAAAUUAUCCUUUUUCCUCAAGAAUCUCGUAUUUUCCUGUCUCCGAGUAAGUAACCUUACUAUGCCCAU